AUGUCCGUAUUCCAAGGUCGUAAUUUGAAGACGCUGUUCCAGAAGACUGCCAGCCACUGCAACUUCACACGUUCGUCGAUGGAAGCAGCACUGCAUACGCCUGCGCUAGAAUUGCAAGCUACCAUCCUGGGAACCCGGCUAGCACAGUCGAUUUUGGAGAAUCAUCAGCUUCCUAUUCAUCAACGGUUCUACUGGACCGAUUCAUCAACGGUCCUUCAUUGGAUCAACUCCGAUUCCCGCAGGUAUCGACCGUACGUUGCUUGCAGAAUUGGAGAGAUUUUGACAUCGACCAACCCAAGCGAAUGGAAGAAAGUACCAACGAUGCAGAAUGUAGCGGAUAAGGCAACGAAGUGGGGCAACGGGCCGUGCUUUGAUCCUGAAGAUCCAUGGUAUCAAGGACCACAGUUCCUAUGGGGUCCAGAGGAGUUUUGGCCAGAACAAAAUUGGAAAAGAACAGAUGCAGCAGAAGAACUUCGCCCGGUACUUGUUAACCGACGGGUGAAAAUAGAGCCUGUGAUCGAUGUGAAACGUUUUUCGAGAUGGGAAAAGCUGCAGCGAACGGUAGCGUACGUUCUCAAAUUCGGAGGAGUGAUGAGCGAAGAUACGUCGUUGGAAACACCGAUAAAUUCAGUACUUCUGUGCAAAGCGGAAGUGAAGCUGUGGAAGAUGGUUCAGCUGGAGACGUUUCCUGAGGAGUUAGCUGUGUUGCAGAGUCGACAUUCUACAAAGCCUUCGGGGGCGGUACCGGUAUCGAAUUUCUACCACCGUCGAUGUCACCACCGUAACCAGGAGACGGUAGUCAAUGGGCUUCGUCAACUGGUCUACAUUCCAGGUCUACGAAACCUGAUCCGCAAAGUCACCGCUAGAUGUCAGAUGUGCAAGGUUUACAACGCAUCGCUGGGUUCGCCGAAGAUAGGCCCACUACCGCAAGCCAGGCUGGAAGCAAUUCUUCGUCCGUUCACCUACACCGGGCUGGACUACUACGGGCCAGUGACAGUCAAAGUUGGUCGCAAACACGCUAAGAGAUGGGUUGCCUUGUUCACGUGCCUGACAACUCGAGCGAUACAUUUGGAGGUGGCACAUAGCUUGUCUUCGAUGUCCUGCAAGAUGUGCAUCCGUAGAUUCAUUGCUAGAAGAGGUGCCCCAUCCAAGAUAUACUCUGAUAAGGGCACCAACUUCCACGGUGCCGCGAAUGAGCUACAAGACCAAAUCCAGCAGUGCGCCGAAACCUUCACCAAUACCACGACCAAAUGGCGAACCAAAUGGUUCCGAGACACUAAACCAAUUGAAGUGGGUGACUUGGUUUUCGUUGUCAACGAGAACAAGAGAAAUACCUGGAUUCGAGGUCAGAUCGUCGAGGUUAUUCGUAGUGUUAUCAGACAGGCCCUGGUUCGUACGGAAGCGGGAGUCAUCCAACGUCCGGCAGUGAAGCUCGCCGUCAUCGAGGUAGCUGAAGAUGGUAAGGUCGAGGCUAGUGGACCGGACCAAACUCAACCUUACGGGCCGGGGAAUUUCGGUACUGCUACGAGCCAUCCGCAGUCCCCUUGA